AUGAGUGUAUCUUCUCGUGACAUUGAGAACAUUGACAAAGAGGCCCAGAACGGCUCCCAACAAAUGGUAGCAGCUCCUUGUUGGAGCCCUAUGUUAUUGGCUAAUCUUGGAAGGACUCAACUUGAAGCUAUUGUUACGAUACGGAAUAUUCCUAAUCCGGGUGGAUCUAUUCAAGAAAUGGCUGCUUAUGUCUAUGAGAAUGAUAAAUGUUUAUUAAACUCAGUAGAGAAGGGCCUUUUCUUGAACGUGUAUCGCAAAGUAUUUGGAACCCCGUAUGUAGAAGAGCCUCAAGCUAUGUCCACGGGAUUGCAGGCUUCUUAUGAUGUCCUUAAUGAGCCUCGAGAAGAAAAUGAUGAUGCACCAAAGGAAUCACCACCUUUGGAUGGUGAUUUGCCGGAGGAUGCGGGUAGUACUGGUAAAGAGGGUGGUCUCUCCUCUAAGGGUCUGGUCUCAUCGGGCUUUGAUUAUGAUUCUGCUAACAAAGCUGUUGAGAGUAUUGUUGGUUCUGAGGAGAAAGGUGGCCAGUUUACUGAAUUCUUGGCCUCUGAAUUUCAGAGGAUGCGGCAAGAAAACAGUGCUGCUCACUCGACUCUGAUAAACGUGAUUGAUAAGCAUAAGGAGUCUAUCGAUGUUGAGAAUGCCCGCCUACGUAAAGAAUUAUCUACCUCGGUGGGUGCGUUAGACGAGAAGGUUUAUAACUCUAUAGAGGAGUUGAGGACUGCUACUAAUGAUAACUUUAACGCUGUGAAGAUUUGCUUGGAUGAUCGUGACCGUCAACACAAUGAAGUGACUUCUAGGUUUGAUUGUCGUCUUGAGGCUAUUGAUCUCAAAUUGACGAAUAUGGGAAGGCCUACUGUGAAGACGGUGCAGGGUGCUCAAGCUUUUGAUUUAAGUCCUGAUCGUGACACGAUCAUCGUGCAUGUUACGUUGAGAAAACGUACUGGCUCUGCCUUUAGCUUGAAUGGUAAUGGAGAGCCUAUUGGUCGUGAUGUAGGUCGUAGCAGUCAUGACCAAGGUCUUCCUGUGGCGCCGAAUGCUACCUCUGAAUAUGGUAUGCCUUUGUACGGGCAGGAGAGUCCGACCUUUUCCUUCAACCCCGUUGGUUCUGGUGGUGGGUCUAAAGCAACUACAGAGCAAGGGGCUGGGUAUGUGCAGGGUAAGGCCUUUAACUCGGAAAUGCCCAAUGGUUCGCUGGGUGAUCCUCGAAAGGUGUGGCACUAUGACUAUAGUGACCCUAGUAGAGGCCGAAUCUACUCUAGUAAUGGUCCUGAACGUCACCAAGAACGAGUAGUGGCACCUGAUGCCCUUGAAGGUGGUAGGAAAGGCCAGAGUACCACUGUGGGUACUGCUGGGACCUACCAUGGUAACCUGGAGUCAUUUCCAACGACCCCAAGUGUUGCUGGCCAGGUAGGGGAACCUUACGGUAGAACUCCUCCCUAUGGGGAGAGAGUAACACUGUGUAGGCAACCUGAUGGCAAUUUUAAGAUGGUUCAAGAAGAUUAUCCGCUAGCCUUCAAUGAUGGAAGGCCUAGAGGGGGUGAUAAUGACUCUAUCAACUCUCGUAUAGUGAGUCAGGUGGAGUCAGUAUUGUCUGAAAAUCUGAAGACCAUCGCCCCUAUUAAUGCUAAGAAAGCCCAAGUUCGUUUGAAUAUGGGUUACCGUAUGCCACGGUAUGGAUAUUUGAAGUCCUUCUGGUUACUGCCUCCUCAGUGGCAGAAGGAGAGACCUGCUGAUCUACCUAUUGGUUCUGAUGAUUUGGCUAUUAAUGAAGCUCAAUUAGAGUUUGUUAAGCACCGAGUGACUCAGGCCUCUGAGAAGCUGGUGAGCCAGAUCAAGAAGCUCCAAGGAGGGCCCUAUCAGGGUGCAAGUGAUUCGAGAUCUUGGCAUGAAGUACAAC